AUGAAGUCCAAGUGGGAUUGCGUCGCCUGUGAUGCCAAUGCCGUCCACUAUCGGGGUCGCCGCCUGUGGGUGUCCGAUGAUCCCCUGCUGCACGGUACCACUGCCGCCACCACCUGGCUUCUCAAGCACGCCGGCAAGUCUAACGCGGACGUUGCCCGCGCGGCGCGCGUCCUGACCAACCACUUCCCGUGUGGCGAGUAUCGCGCUCGCUUCAACAUCCCGGGUCCCCAGGACUGUCCGUGCGGGGGUGGCCUGGAGACUCGGCACCACAUCCUGUUCCAGUGUCCAUUCUGGAUUCGCACGAAGGCGCCGGUGGCCUCUUCGCUCGCGCUCCCCCACGACGACCGCACCCGCCAGUUACGCGCCCAGUGCGGCUGGUCCGCGGGCGACGUCCUUGAGUUCUUGCGGCUGAACCCCAUGGUCUCUACAUUUGGGUGGGCGGAGAUUCUCGCUGAGGCGCUCGCCGACCGCGCGGCCGGGCGUCCCCAUUCUCGCGCAAGCUCAUACCACCGAGCUGACGACUUCGACGCCUUCACCGCGUGGUGCGCUGUGGAAACACGCGCUGAUAACCUCCUCGUUCUCUGGAAGGAGCGGGAUGCUCGCGACGCGUCACGCUCCCCCUUCUCAUCUCGCGCCUCCUCCAGCCCGGCGCCUCCCCCGGAGCCGGCGGGCGGGUGGUAG